AUGGACAAGCCAGUAUACGCUCGCGUGUUGAAGAUCCUCGGCAGGACAGGAUCCCAGGGUCAGUGCACUCAGGUGAGGGUGGAGUUCCUGGGCGAGCAAAACCGCCAGAUAAUACGGAAUGUUAAAGGACCUGUACGCGAGGGCGAUAUCCUUUCCCUCGUGGAAUCCGAACGAGAGGCCAGGAAGCUGCGUUAAGAAACCCAU